AUGAACUCAGUUAGUUAGUUGCAAGGAUUUUGUGAGCGUGUGAAGGAGACUUAUUUUUUAUUUGCAGAGGAUUUCAGAGGUAUAAUGACUAUAUUCGUAAUCACUUGAGCUAUCUAUAAUAGCGUUCACAAGGCGGGCUCCUCGUGAGGCAGGUGGUUAGAGCGUUGGACUAGUUAACCGUAAGGUUGCAAGAUUGAAUCCCUGAGCUGACAAGCGAAUCACGGGGAUCUGGUCGGGUGUCCGUAGUAUAUCCCUCGCGUCCGACUCAUUGAAGAAGAACUCCUCGUCCAAUUUGAGGAUCCACUGUGGUAGAUAGCAGAGAAAUAAAACAACAGCAUGUCAUCGUGUUGGUCAAAGCUGCUGUUAUAUUUGGCUUCACAGCACACAACCAGAACACUUCUCAACAAGAGCACUUCUGUUUGUUCAACAAUCCCCAAUCUGAGACACUACACCUGUGGAAAGAAUCCGUCCAGGAGGAGAGUAGCAAUCACUGGAAUAGGACUUGUCUCUCCUCUCGGCACAGGGACUACUCUACCUUGGAACCAGCUGAUUAGUGGUGCCAGUGGGAUCGUCGCCCUUGACUCUGAGAUGUAUAAGACAGUUCCCUGUAAAGUGGCAGCCCUGGUGCCCCGAGGGGAUGGAGAGGGCCAGUUCAAGGAUGAGAGAUUUGCCACUCGUGGGGAGAUCAACAGUAUGUCACCAGCCACUGUCAUGGCUCUCGGUGCCGCCCAGCUGGCACUGGAGGAUUCUGGGUGGUAUCCCAGCAGCCCUGAGGAGCAGCUGACCACAGGGGUGGCGGUGGGGAUGGGCAUGGUUUCUCUGGACGAGAUCGCCAAGACGUCGGCCAUCUUCCAGGCGAAAGGUUACAGUAAGGUCAGCCCCUUCUUUGUGCCUCGUAUCCUUGUCAACAUGGCUGCCGGUCACAUCAGCAUCAAGCACAAACUGAAAGGUCCCAACCACGCUGUUUCCACCGCCUGCACCACUGGAGCCCAUGCCCUCGGUGACGCAGCCAGGUUCAUCGCCCACGGAGAUGCCGUCGCCAUGGUAGCGGGUGGGACAGAGGCCUGCGUGGGACCUCUGUCAAUCGCGGGGUUCGCCAGGGCGAGGGCUCUGAGUACCCACUGGAAUGACCAGCCCAGGCUGGCAUCGCGGCCCUUCCACCCAGAGAGGGAUGGGUUUGUGAUGGGUGAAGGGUCAGCGGUGGUGCUCCUGGAGGAGUGGGAGCAUGCUGUGAGGAGGGGGGCCAGGGUGUAUGCUGAGGUGCUGGGUUACGGCCUGUCAGGGGACGCCAGCCACAUCACAGCCCCCACUGCUGAUGGAGACGGAGCCUUCAGGUGCAUGUCUGCAGCACUCCGAGACGCUGGUGUGGAACCAGCCCAUGUGACGUACGUGAACGCACACGCCACCUCUACACCACUAGGUGACGCUGCAGAGAACUCUGCCAUCAAGAGACUGUUCCAGCAGCACACCGCCUCCCUGGCUGUCUCCUCCACUAAAGGGGCCACGGGGCAUCUCCUGGGGGCUGCCGGGGCCCUGGAGGCAGCCUUCACUGCCCUGGCCUGUUACCACAGCACUUUGCCACCCACCCUCAACCUGGACCGCACCGAGCCAGAGUUUGACCUGAACUAUGUGCCCUGCACAGCACAGCAGUGGAAGACAGAGGGCAGGCGGGUAGCUCUCACAAACUCUUUUGGGUUUGGGGGGACUAACGCGUCGCUGUGUCUCGCCAGUGUCUGAAAAGCUUGUCUGAAGGAUUCACUUCUUACUGGUUUUGUAUUGAUUUCAGAUUCUUUUAUAGAUUCCUAGUAUUUCAGUUUCAAAAUGUUCUCAAUAUUAUAUUGGGACAUGUAAUGCAAACAUCGAUCAUACAAUUCUGAUCGAAGUUUCCAUUUUCAUCAUUCAAAUACAGAUAUGCUUUGUGUACUUGAA